AUGCUGAGGAGCCGAGCCCGCAGUGGAGGGGCGUUCAGAACCACUUUUCUUUUUCUUUCUUUCUUUCCUUUUCCCUUCUCUCUUCCAGUCUGGGCAACUUUUCUAACUUCUUCUGCACUCUUUUUUCUUUUCCCCACUCGGAGAAGCCACGCCGUGGAAAGACGGGGUGGCGGUGGAGGAGGGAGAAACCCCUCCCCUUCCCCUCCCUCGUGUCUCCUUCCUCGGAAAAGCCACACUUGGGGGGUUUCCUCCCUUCCCCCCCUCCCCACUCCGCGCCGCUCUCCGCGGCCGAGCAGCGCCCUCCAGGCACCCCCCGUCCCGGUAAAGCUCGCCCCGGCCUCGGGCCGGCGUUGAGGAGGAUGGAUGCGCUCUCAAGGACAGCUUUGCAAAAACUCAGCAUCACUGCAUCAAGCUUCCUGACCUGGGACCACAUCCGGGCCUGACAUCUAGCAGCUCUUCCCUAUGGACGGUAAAUUUCAAGAGGGACAGUGACUCAACCAGCUCCAUGGGCAGCCUAUUCCAAUGCAAUGCCACUCAUUCUGAGAAGAAAUUCUUCCUAAUGUCCAGCCUCCCCUGGUACAAUUUGUAGCCAUUCCAUCUUUUCCUAUUGCUGUUUCCGAGGAGAAGAGGCCAACUUCCCCUUUGCUACAUCCUCCUUUCAGACUCCAAGGCUACCCUGAAAAGCCCCUGACCACCCGGCAGAGGGAAACCACAAAAUAACGAGAUCUGCUAGAUAUAAGCCAGCCUAAAGGAUGUGCUGAGAAGCCCUUAGUUGUGAAACAUAUGAACCCAAUGGAUGCAGCACUGUAACCCGGUCCCUUGCACUGGUGUGGCCCUGCUGGAGUUUCUCCUGCUUGUAUUUGCUCGGUGUGCCUACAGUUGUGGGCUAGAGGCGACAGAGGAAGCAUGGUAAAUGCGACGUCUCCCCGGGAUCCAUGGGCUCUUUGAGAGAUGAUCAGAGGGAGGCCAGAUGAUCUGCAAAACACACGCACCACUGUUGCUUGUCUGCAAAGGCAGCAUCGGAGUGUUCUCCCCAGCCCCGCGCCACCCGGCUUGCCCGAUCGCUUCCGGAUGUUUCGCAGUUGCGAGUGGGAGGUCUUGGAGCGAUCCCUCAACAUCCUGCAGGCCAGUGACUUCUACUGGGGCCCACUGUCCGUCGGGGAGGCCCACGCCAAGCUGCAGCGGGAGCCCGUCGGCACCUACCUGGUGCGGGACAGCUCGCAGGGGAACUGCUUGUUCAGCCUGAGCGUGCGGAUGCCGACUGGGCCCGUCAGCCUCCGCAUCUCUUUCCAAGAGGGCUAUUUCCGCCUGAAGAACUGGUUUUCGGACUGCGUGGUCCGGCUGCUGGAGCUGGUGGUGGCGGGGACCCGCAACAACCCCUUGCACUUUGAUGAGAUGGGGGGCACUCCUCUGGUCUUCUCUGAGCCCUUGUGCCGGAGCCGCCGGACUGUGCCCAUGCUGCGAGAACUGUGCCAGAGGCACCUGCCCAGUCCCACCGCUGCCAUGCGGACAUGUCCACAGGAGGCGGCGGUGUCACCCCUGGAUGCGAGCGUGGUCCCCAACUCCUCUGCAGCCGGCACUAGGAGAUGAUGCCGGGUAUAUGAAGGUGAAAGGAUGCACGCGGCCACGCUGGAGGGGCUGGGCUGGCUGCUCGGCAGGGCAGGGUGCCUGCGCCCACUGGCUGCAAAAGCUGUGUCUUCAAGCGUGCACAACAUGCCUGACCUUCCCCCAUAUAGCUUGGGUGAAGCCAAGCCUGAAGAGCAGCUCUUCCUGCUCUUGGCUCCAGUCAUGACUUACAAGCUUUGAGAACAGGGUGAGCUGCCUGUCCUGCCAGGUCAGCCCCACUACCCAAAGUGCCUAAGCUAGUUUAUGCUGCCACUGUGCCUUUGUGAAGUCAUAUGGCCCCGCAGUGCUGCAUCCCAGGUACCAGUGGGCACAGGCCACAAGCUAACCAGAGGCCACGUGUUAACAGGGGACCAUGUGGCUGCACCUGAGCACAAAUGCAAGACCUGCCCCUUCAGAGAUCAGCACUUUUGGGGAAAAAAUGUUGCAGCCGUGUACAAAUACGUGCAGCUUGAGUGGCUUCUGCAUUGCUUUAUUUGAACAGGUUUUUGGGAGUGCAGAUGAGUUACUUUAUACUACGGGCGUUGUGCUCCUGGCAGGCAGGUCUGAGGUUGGUUCUGCCCUGCAGGAUGUGAGCAGGCCCAGUCCAGAGCCUCUUGUUCUCCUCAUCUGAUAGUAUGCUGCUGCCAUCUAUGGGCUACAAAAAAGUGUUUUGUUUUGCCUCAAGAAGAGGCAAAGGUUUUUUUAUACAAUUCCUAAAUUUUAAUAAACAUGUUUUUUUAUAAUUA